AUGUUCUCCCUUAUCCUUUCUGUUGAUCCCCAGACUCACUUGCCUGAAGAUGAUGCCCGAGUCGACAUUGAUUGCGAUUCAAUGCUGGUUCGCCGCCUCACCCGCCUCUACCACAGUCCACCCGAAAAGUAUGAGGAACCGCCAUCAGCCUAUUCUGAAACUCAGCCCCAACACUCAUGGGCCACGGAAUUAAACAUUGUGAUCCAAGUUGUGGGGAGUCGAGGAGACGUGCAGCCCUUCAUCGCUCUUGGCAAUGAACUUCAAAGACACGGCCACCGCGUCCGGUUAGCAACUCAUGACACAUUCGCCAACUUUGUGCGAGACUCGGGCCUUGAAUUUUACCCCAUUGGUGGUGACCCAGCUGAGUUGAUGGCCUACAUGGUCAAGAACCCAGGUCUCAUUCCCAGCAUGAAAAGUCUCAAGGCUGGCGAAAUCCAGAAGAAGAGGACCAUGGUCCAGGAGAUGCUUGAGAAGCUUUGGCAUUCAUGCUUAAGACCUGAUCCCUCUACUGGUCAGCCUUUUGUGGCGAAUGCUAUCAUCGCCAAUCCCCCAAGUUUCGCGCACAUUCACUGUGCGCAGGCUCUGGGUAUACCAGUUCACCUGAUGUUCACGAUGCCAUGGAGCAGCACUAGGGCUUUCCCGCAUCCUCUCGCGAAUCUGAAGAACGCUGGCAGCGAUCCUCGGCUUGAGAAUUACAUCUCCUACAGCGUGGUGGAAUGGCUAACCUGGCAAGGACUGGGCGAUCUCAUCAACAAGUGGCGAAAGUCGAUAGAUCUAGAAGAGGUAGAUAUGUUUGAUGCUCCCAUGCUUGCACAAACGUUGAAAAUACCCUUUACAUACUGCUGGUCGCCAGCUCUUGUGCCGAAGCCAUCUGACUGGGCUUCACAUAUCGAUGUCUGCGGAUUCUUCUUCCGCGACGCUCCUCAAUACUCCCCACCAGAAGAUCUCGUUCGGUUCCUCGCGGCCGGACCGCCACCAGUCUACAUCGGUUUCGGGAGCAUCGUGCUAGACAACCCAGAAGAAAUGAUCAGCAUUAUACUCGAAGCUGUCCGCGUUUCUAAUGCCCGCGCCAUCAUCUCCAAGGGCUGGUCUAACCUCGGGGGCUCAGAGAGUGGGAGUAUCUACUGGAUAGGAGAUUGCCCUCACGAGUGGCUCUUCCAGCACGUUGCCGCUGUAUUUCACCAUGGAGGUGCGGGAACAACGGCCUGUGGACUGAAGAACGGAAUGCCCACUACUAUCAUCCCAUUCUUCGGAGACCAACCUUUCUGGGGCCAGAUGGUGGCCAACGCAGGAGCGGGCCCCAACCCGAUACCACAUGCAGAACUAACAGUCGAAAACCUUUCUGAGGCUAUUAUGUACUGUCUCUCGCCCGAGGCUUCAGCUGCAGCCGCAUCCAUUGCCGCCAAGAUGGCGUCCGAGAUGGGCGUGCGUACCGCUGUGCAGUCAUUUCACAGGCACUUGCCUCUAGAGAGUAUUUCGUGCGACCUGAUUCCAAGCGAGUCGGCUGUGUGGCUGUAUACGACUUCGAAACACUCCAUCAAGCUCUCCAAUAUUGCUGCAGACAUUCUUCUGUCGAACAAGGCGAUCGACUCCAAGCACUUGAAACUCUAUCAAACCAACCCCAUCUUGAUCGAAACCACACGAUGGGAUCCCAUUUCUGGGGGUGCCUCGGCGUUCAUGGGUACAGCAACUGGCGUAGCGGGUUCAAUGGUGGGCAUCGUCACUAAACCAGUCGAAGAUCUUUCACAACGGGCCUCAUAUGACUCGGCUCAGCCUGGGCCAAGUACUGAGCACUCAAGCUCGCUGGCUGGUAGAAUGGCAGGGGCGUCAGCCAAGAGCUUUGGAAAAAUUGGAUCCACUGCUCUGAAAGGCAUGGUAGUUGACGUUCCCAUGGCAGUCACUGAGGGAAUGAGGACCGCACCACGCCUCUACGGCAGCAAUGUCCGUGAUCACGGUCCUGUAACCGAUGCCAAGAGUGGAAUGAUCGUGGGUGGCAAGACUCUUGCCUGGGGUUUUAUCGACGGCAUCAGUGACGUGGUGAUGGAGCCAUACAAAGGUGCCAAGAAGGAGGGUGCUUUGGGAGCUGUCAAGGGAAUUGGAAAGGGCGCCAUGAAUCUGGUGACCAAGAGUGGUGCUGGCAUGUUUGGAGUGUUGGCUUAUCCCAGUGCCGGUAUCACCAAGAGCUUGCGGACGGCGGUGCACAGCUCGACACGUAAAGCUAUUACUCAGGCGCUACAUGAAGAAGGGAGGUGGAUGGCAAACAACACGAGAAGAGAUGGGGUAGAUGUGAGCGUGGUGGUAAAUAAGUUUAAGAGUAUUUCAAGCAGUUAA